GUGCCACCAGUGCCAAACUACAAGCUCUCUAUGUCAAUCCCAGAAUGGCUGCAGGCAAUACAGACCUACAUGAAGAUGCUGCAAUACAAUCACACAGGAACACAGUUCUUCGAGAUCAGAAAAACAAGACCUCUAAGUGGGUUAAUGGAGACAGCAAAAGAAAUGACCAGAGAGUCCUUACCGAUCAAAUGCCUUGAAGCAGUUAUCCUGGGGAUAUACCUAACGAACGGGCAGCCCUCCGUGGAACGAUUCCCCAUCAGCUUUAAAACCCACUUCUCAGGGAACUAUUUUCAUCAUGUGGUGCUUGGGAUUUACUGCAAUGGCCGGUACGGCUCGCUGGGCAUGAGCAGAAGAUCGGACCUGAUGGACAAACCUCUGACUUACCGAACUCUGAGCGACCUCAUCUUUGAAUUUGAAGACUCCUAUAAAAAGUACUUGCAUUCAGUCAAAAAAGUGAAAAUCGGAUUGUAUGUCCCGCACGAGCCGCACAGCUUUCAGCCCAUCGAGUGGAAACAGCUCGUACUCAAUGUAUCCAAAAUGAUGCGCACAGAAGUCAGAAAGGAGCUGGAGAAGUUUGCCAGGGAUAUGAGGAUGAAGAUUCUGAAACCCUCAAGUGCCCAUUCUCCGAUGAAAGAGCGAUCCCGGGGCAAGUCGCUGUCCCCGCGCCGCAGGCAGGCCAGCCCCCAGAGACGGGCGUGCCGGAGGGAUAAAUCGCCUGCUGUGCUGGACAAGAAAGGAGACCUGGCUACACUCAACGAGGUGGGCUACCAGCUCCGCAUCUAAGCAAGCCAUACGCCGGACAGAGGGCUCCCUGGUGCUUCCUGCUGCACUUUACCUGCACUCCGUUGGAAGGAAAAAGGAAUGGGACAAUUUAUUAACUUAUAUACUCUUACAAUAAAAGUUUUACCUGGAAAAUAGAAGGGGGGGAUUUUUUUUUUUUUGGUGGCAGUAUUUAUUUCAAUUUAUAGAAAAGGCAUCAGCAAAAAGAACCU